AUGGCUGCCACGACUCGAGCGAUCACGCCUACACUGAACGGCCCAUUCUCUGCGCCCAACAGGCCCAGCACCCCAGGCUCUGCUUCGCACAACAGCAACGGUGGCGCAACCUUCGGAACGCAUCUUGUCAAGUCCCCACGUGGGCUGUCCCCAAGGCUGUCACCAGCACCCCUCACAGGCGCAGGAGCACUGGCCGACGAACGCCGUUACAGAGAGCACAACUCGCGCCAGACAAGCCCAAAUCCGGCUGUGACUAUCCUCCAGAGCCUCCAGGGCAAUGGUCAAAGUCACCCUUCGGACGCGCCGCAGUCACAACCUCAGAUGGCGCCUCAAGAUGAGGAUUCAAAGCCGCCUAUCAUUAUUCCGGAACUCACUGGAGUUACGGGCGACAACAUGCAGACGAGCCCGGUCAGCCUCUCCAGCUUCGGUGAUGGGGAGGGGACAGCUGCGCCGGCCGCAUCUGCUGUUGAAGCAUCCGCAGGCCUCAUGGGACAUGCGGGACAAUACGAGGGUGCGCACCAGCGACCCCAGCACCAGCCGCACCAUCAUCAGCACCAGCUGAUUGCGCCUAAUCCUGAUAAUCCAGGAAAUCGCGCCUUCACGUUUCCAGGACCGAUGCCGCCGGACGACCCACGUGCUCCUGCGCGCCAGAUGAGUCUUCCAGGGUACGGCCAGAACAACCCCAAGUCGCCAUCCACGAAACGCCACAAGUGCCCAUACUGCUCUACGGACUUCACAAGACACCACAACCUCAAGAGUCACUUGUUGACGCACAGUCAAGAGAAGCCGUACGAGUGCCCCACAUGCCAAGCACGCUUUCGGCGACUGCACGAUUUGAAACGGCACACGAAACUACACACUGGUGAACGUCCACACACCUGCUUCAAGUGUGGCCGCAGGUUUGCACGUGGCGAUGCACUCGCGCGACACAACAAGGGUCAGGGUGGCUGUGCAGGCCAUCGGUCAAGCUUCGGCAUCGAUGAGGAUAUGGGCGAUGGCAAGGGCGAGGACGGUAUGGACGGUGUUGUCUACACUAACGAACCUGAUGGAGAGGGCGACGAAGACGAUGACGGUCGACGCAUCAGUGAGCCGGCGCGUAAGAGGCAGAACACCGGAAACUCUACGCAAGAUUCUAUCUCAUCCCUUCACAAUGCCAACCAGCCUAGCGCAUUUGCUCAAGGAGGUAUGACGGAAAGCCCAAAGCCCAUCUCGCCGAGCCAGCAAGACCACUACCGCUUGGGUGCACAUGAGGGCAGCCACCCACGGUCGCCGAACAUGUCGCAACAGAUGCAUCUGCAGAAUUAUGCUCGUGGUGCUGGUGCGGCUCGAGGCACGCCCCCUACUCUACAGCCUCCCAAUACCAGCAGUGGGCCUCACCUUCCAUCGUUGGCUGGUUUUGCUGGUAUGGCUAAGCCGGGCUCGCAAAGCAGCAAGGGACCUAGUAUGCUCCAGCACCAGCAAAUGCCAGCACCUGGAACCAUGUCGCAGCCUGGCAGUAUGUCUAGCCACGGUGGCAGCGGUAGCAGCAUACGCGAGGUCAUAGGCAACAACAUGGAUGUCUGGUCAUAUGUUCGUGAGAUCGAGGCUCGCAUGGCGCGAAUGGAGAAAGAGCACAACGAGAAGAUUGCGACUCUCCAGACUGAGAUCACCACCCUGCGUGCCCAGCUUGCUCAGCAGCAUGUCAACAACACCCAGGCCCAGCAACGAGGCCACUAA